AUGAUACGCCCACCAAUACGAGCGACUUGUCGCUUGCGCUACACAUAUCCGCGCUUUUUCGGCACCGGCCGAUUGCUGCUGAAGGAUCCUCGACUUCAGGACUUUGGGCGAGUGUUAGAAGAUGAAUACGCGAAACAUAGUAUCGUUCUCGCACAUGGCCUCCUCGGGUUCGACGAAUUACGACUAGCGGGACCAGUCUUCCCCGGCUUGCAAUAUUGGCGUGGCAUAACAGAUGCACUGGCAAAGAAGGGUAUCGAUGUUAUUGUAGCAGCUGUACCGCCGUCCGGCUCUAUUGAGCGGAGGGCGGAGAGGCUGUGUGAAAGAGUCGCGCAAAGGGCGAAUGGGAAACAAGUCAAUAUUAUUGCACACAGCAUGGGGGGACUUGAUGCUCGAUAUAUGAUCAGUCGCCUAAGACCCACAGAGUUCAAAGUGCUAUCCUUGACAACGGUGGCCACUCCGCAUCACGGCUCUGCUUUUGCGGAUUAUGUGUUUGACAGGAUUGGACCGAGCCGGAUUAAAGUCCUCUACAACGUACUGGGGCAAUUUGGGUUCGAGACUGGCGCAUUUUCACAGCUGACAAGGGAGUAUAUGCAAGGGACCUUCAACCCGAAAACACCUGACGUGGAGGACAUCAAAUAUUACUCCUACGGGGCAUCCCUUGAGCCGUCCUCCCUGUCAAUCUUUGGACCAUCCCACAAAAUCAUCAAGCGCAUCGAAGGGGGUCUGAACGAUGGGCUGGUCAGUGUGCAAUCAAGUCAAUGGGGCGAGUACCAGGGGACUCUGCUUGGAGUGAGCCAUCUCGACCUCAUUAACUGGACAAAUCGUCUGAAAUGGUGGAUCUGGAGCCUUACUGGAGGCAAGAAGAAUUUCAACGCCAUUGCAUUCUACUUGGAUAUUUGCGAUAUGCUGGCAAAGAAGAACCUGUAGCACGUCGGCCGGAUAUGACGACGACGAUAAGGAAGGACGUUUCAGACCUGAUUGUUUUGGGCGCUGAAAGUCUCAAGGCUGACGUACCACGACCGAAUUAUGCGCCGAGUCAUACAAAUACACGUUAACGAGAGAGCUUCAGCUGAAACGGGUGUAAUUCCGAAAGUGAUACGGGCUGUGGUGUAGAAUAGGGGUCGGCGGGAACGGGAUUAUUAUACCGCUGUGGCUGAGUUGUGGCAUGCACGUUGUUGGGCUCAUGGCAGGGUCUCUGCAACCGCGAAGAACAGCGUUGUGCACUUGGCCAACUAGAUGAGAAUUGUAGAUUUAGUCCAAGAAAGUGUGGUCUGCUUCGGAG